AUGAAGGCUUUCAUGGUUCUCGCCUUUGUUUUGGCUGCUCUUUUCAGCACAGUCUGCGCUCACAACAUCACGCACUCUACCACGACUGCUACAGUCACCAAGACGGUCUUCCACACCGUGACCACUUCAAUCAAUGUUGCCACUCUGCCUGGCCUUGCGCCUCAUGGCCCGGCCUUCGGUUCCUCCGCUUCUGCUGACUACGACCCCUCUUUCGAAAUGAAGAGCAUGGCUGUCCAGACCAUCGAAUUCACUUCCACCAUCUUCUCUACAGAGGUCGACGGUGUGGUCGUCACCUCUUUGAGCACUGUCGUUGCUCCCGUGACCUCUACCUCUACAGCCUUGCAGGGAGUCACCUCUACCUCUACAGAGUUCCAGGAAGUCACCUCGACCACUACCAAGCACGCCGGAACGACCAUCACCACGACUUCGGUGGUUGUCUCGGCUUCGACUCGCGCUGCCUCGAGCUCUAGCAUCUCCAUUGAACAGAACAUUUCGCAGAUGUUCGGUCUGAACGGCAGUGAGCAUGUGCAAGCCAGCCGCUGGUUAAUCAUCAGCGUGGUUGCCCUAGGAGUCGCCCACUAUCUUUUUUUCGCUCACCACUGA